UGCACUAAGGUCACUGGAUGCCCACAGUCCCCCUCGCAGGUGGUUUGGGAUACAAAGCGAACAGCCCAGAGACCCCGGGAGUUAGGCAGGAGGGCCAGGCGGGCGGCACCGGUGUGUCCCCCCUGCUCCAGCCAGGGGCAGGGCGGCGUCUUCUUUCCGCCCUCGGGGAAGCACCCGGAGCUCUGGGAAUUUCCCUGGCCAGGGGCUCUGGCCUUUCCCGCCAACCAUGCAUAAAAGGGGCUCGCGGAUCCCCGAGAGCCACAGAGCCAGGACAGCAGCCCCUCGCCACAAGCUCUUGCACUCCAGGCUCCGCCGCGAUCCUCCCGCUGAGUCCCAUGGCCCUCACCGCCUCCGCCGUCCCCCGCGCUCAGCGGCUCCUCCGGGUCGCUCUGCUCCUGCUGCUCCUGGUAGACGCCUGCCGGCGCGCAGCAGGGGCGCCAGUGGUCUCUGAACUGCGCUGCCAGUGCUUGCAGACUGUGCAAGGAAUUCACCUCAAGAACAUCCAAAGUGUGAAGGUGACGUCCCCAGGACCCCACUGCGCCCAAACAGAAGUCAUAGCCACUCUCAAGAAUGGACAGGAAGCUUGUCUCAACCCUGAGGCCCCCUUGGUCAAGAAAAUCAUCCAUAAGAUGCUGAACAAGUGA